AUGGAUGCUUUCAAGUCCUACUUCACGCCUGCCCAGACGGCGGGCUCCGAGCUGAGUCAACUACCAAGCUCAUCGCAGACGACUCCCACACGACAGCAGCACCAGCUACCGCAGUCUGGCAAUUCACUCGCUAUGCCGUCAUCCGAGAAGCCCGGCCCGUACAGAAGCACCAGCACCAGAACAUCCGCCAGACAGUCCACAGUGAGCUUGGCGCUCACUGCUGGCAUGAGAGACAAGCAUGCUAGCAGCAUCAUCGAUCUCAGGGCUGAUGUCACCGUACACAGCAUCUACCAGGACCAGCUCAGGAAGAUGUACGCCUCGGCCUGGAACUUGGGCGAGGGUGUCGUGCUCAAGAAGGGUCGUAACGACUUCGUUUGCGCCCCACCUCAACUUCAAACGGUUCCCUACGGAUUCUACGACAUGGUCCGCCAGCUCAACGUCAGCUGUGCCAUGACUGUCAACACGCCUGUCAUCCAGUCUAUUAUCCAUGGCCUGCUGAACAGCGGGGAGGCCACAGAUUCCAUUCCCCUGGCUGGAGGCUUGCAACUGCAGGUUCUGCCCAGGAUGACCGAUCUCCCACGAUGCCAGAAGCAUCAGUAUGCGGCUUUCAUCCUGGACCCACCGCUCCUGACGGUGUGGGACGACGAUGCCAACAGAAUUCACGCAAGAGCCGAGAGUUUGGAACACAUGAUCAUCUCUUUCAUCUGGAAGACCGAUGAGGGCGACGACGAGGAAGGCGAUGAGAAGAACGAGAAGGGACCUGACGUCAACAUCGAAGAGCUCUCGCCUGCCGCCCUUGAAGAGGCACUGAAGGCUGAGGUUCGCCCCUUGCGACUGGCCAGCUCUAUGGUUGUUGCAGUUGCUUUGGGGUUGUCCAUGACGUGCCUGGGUCUUGGAUACCGAGCCCUUGCGUUGCAAUCUGAAGUUGACGGUACCUACACCCGCUGGGCGUUGGUUGCCGUUACCCCUGCCACUAUCUUCAUCAGUUUGUUCUUCUUCCUCUCCAUUGCCAGCAAUCUUUUCCAGAUCAUCGGCCCCAUCUCCGGUGUCGCUGGCAACUCCAAAAACUACUCCGGCAAGGGUCCCCGCCGACUGAGCCCUCACUUGGGCGAGCUUCCCCACGUCACCAUUCAAAUGCCUGUUUACAAGGAAGGUCUGAAUGCAGUCAUCAAACCCACAGUCAUUUCCCUCAAGGCCGCUAUCUCGACCUACGAGAUGCAGGGCGGCACUGCCAACAUCUUGGUAAACGAUGAUGGUAUGCAACUCCUCGACGCCGACGAGGCCCAGGCACGCAGGGACUUUUACGAGGAGCACAACAUGGGCUGGACAGCCCGCCCUGGUCACAACCCCACCCCUAAGAACCCGGGUGAAGAGCCUUUCAUUCGCAAGGGAAGAUUCAAGAAGGCCUCCAACAUGAACUAUGCUUUGAUGACCAGUAUCAAGGUCGAGGAGAAGCUCAACCACAUCAAGCGUGGAAGCAGGUGGGGACAGGACAGCGAGGAUCAAGUCUACGCCGAGGCUCUGACCCAGGUUCUUGAGGAGUCUGAAGGUCGUACUUGGGCCGACGGCAACAUCCGUAUUGGCGAUUACAUCCUGCUCAUCGACUCCGAUACUCGAGUUCCCCGCGACUGUCUUCUCGAUGCCGUCAGCGAGAUGGAUGCCUCCCCCGAAGUUGCCAUCAUCCAGUACACUUCCGGUGUCAUGAACGUCUCAGACUCCUUCUUCGAGCGGGCUGUCACAUGGUUCACGCAGAUGAUUUACACCAUGAUCACGUUCGCCGUUGCCAACGGCGAUAUCUCCCCCUUCGUCGGCCACAACGCUGUUCUACGCUGGUCCGCCCUUCAAGACGCUGCCUCCUACUUUGACGAGGAGGAUGGCUAUGAAAAGUUCUGGUCAGAAUCCCACGUCUCUGAGGAUUUCGACAUGUCUCUCCGUCUCCAAACUGCCGGUUACUCCAUUCGCUAUGCAGGCUACACCGGCGAUGGCUUCAAGGAGGGUGUGUCAUUGACAGUCUACGACGAAUUGGCACGCUGGGAGAAGUACGCUUACGGCUGUAACGAACUGUUGUUCCACCCCCUCAGGUUCUGGAUCGUUCGCGGUCCCUUCACGCCUCUCUUCCUCAAGUUCAUCUUCUCCAACAUUGCAUUCUAUAGGAAGAUCACCAUUCUCGCGUACAUUGGAACCUACUACGCCAUUGGUGCAUCGUGGAGUUUGACCCUGUUCAACUACUUCUUCACCGGAUGGUUCUUCGGCGAGUACGACAAGUACUACCUUGAUUCCUUCGCCACCUACUUCUCGCUCAUGAUCGUAUUUCCUCUUACCGGCAAUGUUUCCCUGGCCAUCCUUCGGUACAGACUCGGCGAAAAGUCCCUCUUGGCAGCUCUCUGGGACAAUUUCAAGUGGAUGCCUAUCUUCUGCCUGUUCCUCGGCGGUAUCCCUCUCCACGUCUCCAAGGCUCUGCUGUGCCAUUUCUUCGAGAUCAACAUUCAGUGGGGUGCUACCUCCAAGGAAGUCGAGAACUGCAACUUCCUCGAGGAAAUUCCCAAGCUCAUCAAGACUUUCGCGGGUACUUUCCUCUUCUGCUUCGCCCUGACGGCGCUCGUAGUGUGUGGCUACUACGUCUUCCCCGUCCAGUGGCAGAUCCGCACUUUCGCUACCAUCUUCCCGCUGUGCGUCACCAUCAUCUCGCACUUUGCGCUGCCGGUGCUUCUGAACCCGGCAUUGAUGAAGUUUACUUUCUAA